AUGCCAGUUAUCUUAAACAUAGAUGCAUGCUCUAAUUAUGAGCCAUCGGAAACUGAAAUCAUAGAAUACGCAAAGUGGCUUGGUAUGGAUCUUCUCGAGGAUAAACAAUUUCUUUGGAUUGCACGUGAGGGGUUGAAAGCUCCGCUUCCUGAAAAUUGGAAAGCUUGUGAGAGUGACAAAGGUGAACUCUAUUAUUUCAACCUUAAAACCGGUGAAAGUAUUUGGGAUCAUCCGAUGGAUGAUUAUUUUAAAAUGCUAUUUAUGGAUGAAAAGAAGAAUCUAACAUCUCGAAGUAUUUCUCGUGGUUCGAAUCGUGAGCACGAUCAGGUUCAACAAAAAACAAGUUCAAGGUCCAAACGCCGUGUUGUGGAAAUUUUGAGAGAAGUAGGUCAAAAACAAAAUAUAGAAUCAGAAUGCAGCUCGAAUGCACGCGAACUCAAUUGUUUUAAUUUCAAAAAGGCGAUUACUCCCCAAAUAGAGAUGAAUUUUAACGUGUCUCCUAACAAAACUGAACCGAUAAGUCUACCUGAGGCACAAAAAUAUCAGAAUACUAAAUCGUGUAAUUCUCCCAAUGGAAGAUUUACAAAUUCACAAGAAAAAAAUAGUCCACUGGCUCGGGCAAUAUCUAUAGUUGAUAUCAAUAGUCAAAAAAAAGCAGAGAAAAUACAAAAAAAGUCAAGCACCAAUAAGAUUUUAUCGGGAUCGGUAAGAACAACAUCAAAUGAAUUUAUUAAGGAAAAGGACAAUCAUAAUGAUGAUUCACCAGAUGUAGGUAUGAAGAACAGGCAUAAUCUUGCACCAUUGAAUACUAUUGACCCGAAAAAAGAAAAAGAAAGGCCUCAAAGUGAUAAUGAGAGAAAACCCCAAGAUUUGAAGGGGUUCUUUGAAGAUGAAAAUCAAAAAUCAUUACCCAUAUAUAAGCCAAAAUCUGAUGCAGCAUUAAAUGUCGAUCUCAGCAAAAUGGAAUCUGAGACAAUCAGAACUCAAGACCACCUUGAAAAGGAAUUAAGCGCUCAAAAAUCAAUAGGGCUUAAUGAAACUAGAGAGUUGACGAUAGAACAACUAAAUCUAGAAAAGAAGAAAGCUGAUGAUGAAAAAACGAAUAACUUGGAAGUUUUUACUAGUGAGCUUAGCUCAGAACGCGAAUUCAGGCGAAGAACUUAUGUACAGGAGCUGAAUGAAUUCCAAACACUAGUUUCAAGUGAACUAAAGGACUGUGUAUCAACACUUCUUAAUGAGUAUGAGGAAGCGUACACAUUAUUUCAUAAAAAAAUAAUUGAAUCAGAAAACGAUUUCACUUCUCGCAUUGCAAAACAGGAGGCAGAUACGGAACGUGCACUGAAUUUUGAGCUAAUGAGACUGAAGCUAAACAAUGAGCGUCUUAUUAGAGAGGAAACUGAAAGAAUUUGCAAAAAAAUGCAAGAAACCAGAGAACAACAUCAUCAUGAUAUGAGCGCAUUGCAUGAAUAUAAUUAUGCUGAGCUCAAAGAAAUCCUUCAAGAUAAUUUUAGAUGUGUUAACGAAAAAAGGGAUCUAGAAAAAGCAUCAAUGCCCGUAGUCAAAAAUUCGUCUUGUAAAGUUUCUUACCUUGCUUCGGAUACAUUGAAUAAGGAGUUAGGAGAGGGUUCUGAAUUGCAACUUAAGACAACUAAAUCCGAGUUAGCAGACCGACAGGAAAUACUCACCGAACCUCAAAAGCCAUCAGUGGACAAUAUUGUACGCAAGAGUAACGACACUUCAUCUCAGGAAGCGCAGUCUAAUGAUUUUAACAGGAGGGGUGAGUGCCACAGCAUGCAUGGUAUUUCUUCAGUUGAUGAAAAUGAUCAAUGCACUACUUCACAUGAAACAAACUCGUACGGCCUAUUGCAACAAAGAAAGAAUUGUGAUUUAAAAGCCAUCAUUACAGCGACAUUAAAAGAGGUCAUUGCCGAGUCUCCUCUUGUUUCAUCUUAUCAAUCGGUUAAUAAUCGAAAAUAUCCUUCGAUUGAUCCGUCCAGGCUGAUUCAAUCAACACCGAGUAUUAUUAAUGAUGUGCAAGCCCCACACAUAAAAAAUUUCAUAUUUCCCGCAUCUUUUCAAGAUCAGCACAAGCUUAUUGGGGCUGAGAGUCGUCGGGUACGUGAAGGCUGGAUGUUUGUUACAAAUCAACGUCGGAAUCUUGAAGAGAGACGACAACAACUUAAGUAUACUCGUCAUCAGUGGAAGCAAGAUGUUCUUGAUGCAAAAAAGGAUGGCGUAAAAUCUUCAUCAAGGAGAGGACAGUUGCUCUUUAAGGUGCGUAUGGCGUUGGAGGAACAAGCACAGGGGUUGAAGCAUGAUGAAUGUAUUCUUCAUGAUUCUGAGUUGUGGCUCAAAUCUAAAGAACAAAGGCUGAAAACCCUCGAGGGUCAAUUAAAAGAGCAAGAGAGUUAUCAAAUCCUCAAUGAAAAUUCUUUAAUGAAUUGUAGUAUAGAUACUGCUGGUCUUGUAGCAGAUUUUUUCGAACCUCAACACAAUUCUCCAUCAGAACCCUUGAGGCUUAGUCAACGUUCUCAUUUAGGUAACAUCAAUAUGUUCGAAAGAGGAGACAUAUCACCAAUCCUAUCAAAGUAUCUUAAACAGAUUGAAAAACAUUUAGGAAAGGUCACAUCCAUUGUGAAAAUGCAGAGGCCACAUGAAAAUAUAUCAACCCCCUUCUUAGAUUCCCGAAAAUGCAUUACUCCUACUUAUUCGGUCUCACAAGAUUCAAAAAAAUGUUAUUCUAACUUUAACAUUCAUUCAAAGGAGGCUAAUCUGAAGCAAAUAAUUCACAGUGAUCCAUUAUAG